AUGCGACACGCUUCCUCUGGACAGUCGGAUGUCCCUGAGACGUGUGCGGCUGCAUCUGCCGCUGUCCUUAGCAUGCUAACUCGACCUAGCAUUGCUCUAGCUCUUAGCUAAGCUAGCUGAGUUAGCAUGUUUAAGCGGAACGGACACGGCAUCAAGCUUUAGUUUGGCUAGCUCGGGCUGGGUGUUAGCUAGCGGCGACUCGUUACAGAGGCGUGUCUGACGUUCCCCCGUGACACGUCGGAUCGCGCGAUCGGACCACGGUGUAGCAUCGCCCACCGGCUGUCAGGCAGUUUUCGGCGAUGCACGACGGCUAGAUCAGAUUCUCCUCCCUGUCUCCUCCACACCUGUGGCACCGCCGGCUAAAGGCAUCGUGAGACAGGUGUCUUGCUAUCUAACCUCUAGCUAGCGCUUCAGAUCUAACCAUGCUUAGCUCGGAUAACAUGUCAUGCUUGUAAACUAUGCUGAUGUGAUGCGAUCUGAUCUGAUGUGCUCUGAAGUUCCUAAGUGUGUAUGUGGGUUUGAUCAAAUUUCUCCCGUCUGCUCACAUCUCCCUGUUGGAAACCACGAGCUAGCCGAAAGGGCGUAAACUGGCCAUACACACCGAUCAAUGCACUAACAAUCCCAGCCAGCAAAUAUGAUCAGAUGAUUGAUCAUGAACAGAUAUCUUUAAAUGUAAUUAAAAUAGGCUGCAUUUUGAUCUCAGAUCUAUCAGACAUAUAUGAUGCAAGUCCUAGACAUAACCUUUAGUGGUCAAUACAAGCUUUUUUUGUUCCUGCUCAGAUCUGGUUUAUUGAUCAGACAUAGUCAGACCCCUGGUUUCUUUUUAUGCGCAGCAACCAAAUGUUCAUUAUUUUUCACCCUUUUUUUUGCCUUGGACACUUCACCUAAGAUCAGCUGCAGUGAUCAGAUGUAAUAUCGACAGGCUUGCCAGGCUAGUCGACAGGAACAAGAAGAACUGCUCCUUCCAUUCAGGAUCGACUGGCUGUUAUCGUCUAUGAGCUGAAGAGAUUAUUUUGGAUUACCCCCUAGGAUUAAUACACUCCAUCUUUCUAAAUGGAGACGUCGGACUGAACCGAUGAAUGGGACGAGCCAUUCCUGAGUUGAGAGCCAGAGGAGGCCGGGCUGGUCUGAUGACGAGCAUGACUUUGAGACAAUCCACAGAUGCAUGCACGCUCACAGAAUCCACCCGAGUGCCACGCCUCCCGCUUCCUGGCUUUUGAAUCUGCCUGUCAGAGGGUUAGUGGUGGCCGGGCUUAGUUAGACGUUGACCUUAUGCCGACCCUCUAAGUUGAACCUGGCCGCCUCGAGAUGGAUCAGGGCGCUAGCGAGCAACCUGCCGCGGAGGAGCCAGACUCCGGGGCUCGAGCCGAGUCGGGGGCUAGCAGGAGGGCUUCCGAGGCCGAGUACAGCUUGUCUAAAAUUACUCACACUGCCCUGGAGAACAUGGGCUCGCUCGGCCACGGCUUGAAGCAGCUUUUCCAACCCCAGCGCCGGCGCUCAUCUGUCGUGCCACAAGACCUCUCCUUUUCCUCUGCGAGCCCUGCACCUGAGCCCGCAGAGGCAGGGUCAGAGUCGGGGGAAGCCUCCUCCCCUAACAUCACGCCUCCUGACUCUGACCCCACACCCGCUUCCACCCCCCCCGCAGCUCUGAGCCGUGUGCUGCAGCAGAUCCGAGGUGCUCCCCCAAUGAUGAAGCGAGGGACCAGCCUGCAGAGUCGGCGCAGCAAGACUGGGGGGGGAGGGGAGCCCCCCCAGAAAGGCAGCCCUCAGAUCCAUCGGCGCAGUACUCAGGAGGCACUGAUGCAGGCCGGACGCCCGCGGUCGUCCUCCACCACGGACACGCCCAGCAGCCCUGCCUUGGUCGACAUGCUCCUGACUUCCGGGUAUCACUCCACUGAGGAAUCGGACAGAGUGGAUCGUCUAGAAGUGUCUGGCUUGGCCGCAUCCCCCAACGCUCUGUCCAGCAGCUCGGACGGUGGCGGUACAUAUGGCGUAGACUCGGUGGACAGCGCUCCUGACCCACAGCGCACCAAACAAGCCAUUUCCCAGCUAAAGCAGAAGAUCCUCAAGCUUACGGAACAGAUCAAGAUCGAGCAGACGGCACGCGACGACAACGUAGCCGAGUACCUGAAACUGGCCAACAAUGCAGACAAGCAGCAGAGCGCACGCAUCAAGCAAGUGUUUGAGAAGAAAAAUCAGAAAUCGGCCCAGACCAUCCAGCAGCUGCAGAGGAAGCUGGAACAUUAUCACCGCAAGCUGAGGGAGGUGGAGCAUAACGGUAUCCCGCGCCAGCCCAAAGACGUUCUGCGUGACAUGCACCAGGGCCUGAAGGAUGUGGGCGCAAAGGUGACUGGCGGUCUCUCCAGCAUUUCCCAGGCCACACACUCAGCUGCUGGUGCCGUUGUUUCCAAACCUCGUGAGUUCGCCUCGCUCAUCCGCAACAAAUUCGGCAGUGCGGACAACAUCUCGUCCCUAAAAGACUCUCUGGACGAGACGCAGGGUGACGAGGUUGUUCCAGGCGUUGUACCAGGGGCGGGGACAUCAGCCACUAGAGCCCUAGCACCUGGACAGUUGCAGUCGAGCCCAAAGUAUGGCAGUGAGGACGAUUGUUCAAGUGCCACAUCGGGCUCGGCAGGGGCCAACAGCACCACCGGAGCCCCCGGAGGACCCCCGAGCUCCAAGGGUAACACGCUGGAGCAAGGCCAGACCUCAGGCCUCGAAGUUCUGUUUCACGAGAUCCAGGAGUUGCGGGAGAACCAGGGUAGGCUGGUGGAAUCGUUUGAAAAUCUGAAGAGCCAUUAUCAGAGGGAUUACACGCUAAACAUGCAAGCCCUGCAGGAGGAAAGAUAUAGGUGUGAACGUCUAGAGGAGCAGCUGAAUGAUCUCACAGAGCUCCAUCAGAACGAAAUUCUCAACCUGAAGCAGGAGCUGGCCAGCAUGGAAGAAAAAAUUGCAUACCAGUCUUACGAACGGGCCAGGGAUAUACAGGAGGCACUGGAGGCCUGUCAGACACGCAUCUCCAAGAUGGAGCUGCAGCAGCAACAGCAGCAGGUGGUGCAGUUGGAGGGGUUGGAGAACGCCACGGCACGCACCAUUCUCGGUAAACUCAUCAACGUCCUGCUGGCGGUCAUGGCCGUGCUGCUGGUGUUCGUGUCGACUGUGGCGAACUGCGUGGUCCCGCUCAUGAAGACGCGCAGCCGCAUGCUCUCCACACUGCUCCUCAUCAGCGUCCUGGCUUUCCUCUGGAAGAACUGGGAGGCCAUUUCACAGUACCUGGACCGUUUCUUGAUACACUCGAGAUGACCUGCAUGGGAAGAGACAUCGACUUUAUGAAGGGAACGAAAGGACGGGGCCUGUCAAAAGGCCCCAAAACAAACGCACUGCCUGAGCCGCUACGAGCGCCGGAUGAUGAUGACAACGGAGCUCACCGGGGAUGGAUGUCAAGAAAGAUCUUACAGAUGAUUUUGAUGCUUUGUUCCUUGCCCAAGGAGUGAAUUUGUUUACAUUUUAAUGAAGAUCUUUUUGUUUUGUUUUGUUUUGUUUUGUUUUUUAUUUAAUUUUAUUUGUUUUUGUCUACUGGAAAAAAAAUUGUAAUGCAGUUGUUUAUUUUUUCUUUUUUUCUUUUCCAUUGGUGUUGAAAGUGAUGCAAGUUGUGUUGCUUGGUGUCCUCGUAUAAUAAUAGUAAAAGUAUAAAAAUUAUGCAAAUAACCAGGAUCUGGUUUUGCGGCACUGAAAUAACACUGGAGUGUGUCGAGUGCAAGCGGGAGGACUUCUCUCUUCAUCAGCAUUACCAUCAUCACUUUCAUCACUCAGCUUGUUUCCCCUCUCGAAAUCAUUCAGUCUGCUUUUACUCUCUUUCUUCUUCGUAAUUCCCUCUCUCUUUGUCUCGCUCUUUCACUAUGCACAUCUGCCUUUCGCUAAAUCUCUCUUUCCCCUGGUGCGCUGCGUCCUGUUCCUCCUUUUUCUCCUUCUUAUGACCCUUUUUGCUGCUGACAGGACUUCCGCACAAUCGCCACUGGAAGAAAUGGCUUCAGCUUGUGCAGAUGAGUUUUGCGUUUGAUUAGCUGGGGCUGUACUGAUCUGGGCCACGGAAUAAAAUAAGUUCUAGGACCAGAUAAAAUGCAGGCUGCCCUGCCUUUGCUUUUCUAGCCUGCCUCUCAUGCCCCCUGUUGGCCUGCGCUGAUGGAGGCACCGCCUCUAACCCAUAAACAGAAUGAACAUACUUGAAGAGCUAGAAAGGCUCAAAGACUAUCAGUGCUUCCGUACUGUUUCUUAUAGCGACAAUGAAAUAGUCCUUUUUAGUUUUUAUUUUUUAAAAAUUAAUGAAUAAACGGGCUGUUUUAAAACUCAA